CUGAAACAUCGACCAUCCCUUUCCUCCCACAGGUGCUGCUCAACCCACUGAGUUCCUCCAGCAGAUUGUUUGUUGCUCCAGGUUCCAGCAUCUGCAGUCUCGUGUGUCUCCAAGGGAUAAUGAGAUUCACUUCACUCUCACCAAACUGGAACCAAUGAGCGACUAGCCACAUGAAGAGCUAUCCAGGAUGACAACAGAACUGUUGUGGAGACUGGUGGAUAUCAGUGAAGAGCCCAACGAGGUGCAGCAGAGAGCAGGAGAUGGAGUCCAGCUGGGCAGAUGGUCUGACCUUCAUCAGGCAGCUUGUGGCGGUAACGCCCAUCUAGUAAAAACACACUUACAGCAUGGCGCUCUCGUAGAUUCCAGGGAUGAGUAUGGCUGCACACCACUACAUUAUGCAGCAUUUAAUGGCUGUCAAGCACUGGUUAAACUUCUCGUUCACCGUGGGGCACAGAUCGAUGCCACAGACAAGCAUGGAUGGACUCCUCUACAUCGAGCCGCAUGGAAUGGACACACCCAGAUUGCCGUGCUCCUACUGCAACGUGGGGCUUCGACUAGUGCGUCUACCAGAUGCGGAUUGACAGCAUUGCACUGUGCAGCCGCAGGGGGGCACAUACUGACUGUGCAGCAGCUGCUGAGCUACGGUGCAAGCACAGAUGCAUCUGAUACACAUUGCUGGACCCCACUGCACUGGGCAGUUGUGGGUGACCAGUUACAUAUAAUAGAAUUUUUCCUUUCUAAAGGAAUUUCGAUGCACUGUACAACAUGGGGCAACAUGACACCCUUGCAUUUAGCUGUGGAGGUUGGAAACAGAAAAGUAAUUAAACUACUGUUGGAAAAUGGAAUCUGCAUCAAUGCUGAAGAUGCUGUUGGAAGGACUGCGUUAUCAAUUGCUGCUGCUAAUGGCCAAGAAGAGGUGGUGAUAGAUUUGCUUGCACAUGGGGCUGUGGACAGUAACAGAGCUUCUGCUCUUCAAGCUGCAGCAGCAAUAGGUCACUUAAGAAUAAUGGAACUUCUAACGCAACAAGGGGCCAGCGUGGACGUCAGAGACAGCCUGAAUAUGACUGCACUUCAUCGGGCAGCAGAGAGGGGCGAUACAGAAGUUGCAGAGUAUUUGAUAGACCAUGGAGCUGACAUAGAGGCGAGAGGGUGGCUUAUGAAUACUCCACUUCACCUCGCCACGGAAAGGGGCCAUGAGCAGACCAUCCAAUUACUACUGAGCAAAGGUGCUAAUAUAUAUGCCACAAACCUGUGGUACGAAACACCCCUCGACAUUGCUUCAGCACGAGCCCGUCAUGAUGGCUGUUGUUUAUUUGAAAGUAACCUUCCUGAGAAACAUAAUUAGCUCUAGUUGUUGUCUAUAAACUUAAAAUGAUCAUGUACC